AUGUGGGGACGAGUAAGAGCAAUACUGAGAGACGCAUCCCUUUUGAAGUUGUUCCCUGUCUCAGCAGCCGGAAGAAGCGCACUGCCGGCUGAAGGGCAGAGGCAGAUUCACCCUACUGGGAAACUUUUUGUCCUUUCGGAUGGAGAAGGAAAGCAUGCAACUGUGGAGCUGAGCGAACCCCUAGAUGAAGAGAUCUCAGGAAUUCUUGAAGUAGUGGGAAGAGUAACAAGUCAGGCAACCAUCAUGUGUAUGUCAUAUGUCCAGUUCAGAGAAGAUAAAAGUCCUUUUGAUCUGGAACUCUACAAUGAAGCGCUAAAAAUUAUUCAUGAAUUCCCUGAAUAUUUCCCAUUUGGUCCUACAAGAAACAAUUGAUUCUUCUUACUUUUUAUUUGUAACUUUAGAGGGGACAACAAUACCAUACCUCCCUUGUCUGACAGCAUGAUAAGUUGCAUAGAUUUUCAACUAAUAUACUGAAAAGAUGCUAUUAAAUAUGCCAUGUGUGACCAUUGAAAAAUGUUUUCAUUGAAAAUGAGUUUAUUUAGCUAGAAGCAGAACACUGUUGUGGCAAUCUCACUUUGUGUCUGUUUAACCCCUUUGCAUCCAUGAGGAAUAUUCUCUUGCAAGAUUUGAGUUGCUAGAAACUGAAGUUUUUGUCGGCUUUUUUGUUGUUUUUAGUGAUUCUAGGAUGCUUAACAGGAAGCUUUUACUGAAGAUACUUGUUGGGGAUUUAAUGGAAAGAAGUUUUUUUUAAGAAAAAAAACUUUAUUUACUUUGAUACCACUUUUAUCUCUACAUCCAAUAAACUUAUAUUUUGUGUUUUGAUGAUGGCCACUUCUCCAAUUUAAAAAAAAAAAAAAAACUGACUGCAUUUAACUAGUAGUGUCAGUAUGAUAUCUUAGACUGCAAUUUUCAGUAAUAUAUGGUGAUCCUGUUUUAUUUUACCUCACACAAGUUAUUUAAUUCUAACAUAAUUCAGCAUACAGGCUACUUGCCUUUUGCACUGAUGUUAAUGAUGUUGAAAAUGUCUAAUUAGGCGUGGUGAUUUCAAGCACUGUUGAGUUCACAUCACAGCCUUUAUUUUUGGUGGGAGUUUAAGCAGAAGUACUAAAUGUUCAACAAGCAUGUCAUGACUACUUUAAUCAUAUAAACUUUCCACGGAACUCCUAACUUUGUUACUCUCCAAGCCACUUACAGCACAUAACAGAACUCUUAGAUCUCUUAAGGUAGCACAGUCAAAGUAAAAAUCUAACUUCUGAAAUGUUCUCUGUGAAUUAAUGAAGAACAUAUUUCAAAGCAUUUUAAAUAAACCUUUUUAGUAUUCAUGUGAA